GGCCGAGGCCACAUCAGCAUAAGUAAGGAUAGUCAUAGGGAAGGGUGAGGGCAGAAAAAGAAGGACAACAAAGCAGGAGAAGACUCAGAGAAUUCUCAAAUCGGCACUCAGUGAGGCGAUGCACCAAUCACAGCUGUACUAUUGUCUACUCGUGAUCGCCCAUCGACUCGGCGCGAGCCAGGACAUCAUUCAUGUACUCGUCAAACUCCCGCUGAGUGAUGUCGGCGUCGCUGACGACGUCUCGCCUAGCCAAGAUGUCCUCAACGAGAUAGUCGAUCUCGCGCUUACUGAGGAAGAUAGAGUGAUUCUGCUGCUCGGGAGCGAGGACGGAACUGCGAGCCAGCACCUGGUUCAGUGCACUGCUGCCCUGAAGUGCGGCAGAGUCGUGUGCUUCGCCUCGACGCAAGACGCUGCCCGCGGUAUGCAGGACACCGGCUGUCACGAGCUUGAGGCCGGUGAAGAGACCCUUGCCGAAUUUCUUGAAGGAGAACCUUGGUGCGAGCUCGUCUGAGCUGCGGGCUUCAAGGCCGGUAUUGAUGUCAGAGUAAGAUUGUACUUCACGCUUGAUCUGUAGUGGACAAAGAAAGACGAGGUUUAGGAUUGUCAGAUGACACAGGCACAAGGACAAAUCGAAGCAAACUCAAUACAACCGCUGCUCAGC